AUGGCGACUGUGACUGGAACCUAUCUCCACGUGUCUGACAUCGUAGUCAUCAUCGUCUACUUCCUGCUCGUGCUAUUCGUGGGAUUAUGGAUUAUUCCGACGAUAAAAGAAAACAGUUUUAUAUUUCAGAGUUCACGGAAGAACAGGGGUAGCGCUGGCGGGUAUUUCCUUGCCGGACGAAAUAUGAACUGGAUUCCGGUCGGAGCCUCGUUGUUUUCCAGCAACAUCGGAAGCCUCCACUUCGUCGGCAUGGUCGGCUCUGGGGCAGCCGCCGGCAUCGCCAUAUACCUCUAUGAGCUGAACGUAAGUACGAGUGUACUCACAGUGAUAACAGUCCCCGUUUUCCUAGAGCGAGUGUUUACGAUGCCGGAGUACCUGAAGUUGCGAUUCGGCGGGAACCGGAUACAGAUCUAUUUGACCGUGUUGGCGCUUCUAGUCUACAUCUUCACCAAGAUCUCAGCAGAUUUAUACGCAGGGGCCAUUUUCAUCGAGCAGUCCCUUAACUGGAACAUCUACCUCUCCAUUCUAGUGCUUCUUGCCGUCGCUGCAGUAUUCACAAUAGCGGGCGGCCUGACAGCGGUCAUCUGGACUGAUUUCAUCCAGACCAUCAUCAUGUUGAUAGGAGCACUCGUCUUGGCAGUCAUGGCGUUCAUGGAGGUCGGUGGUAUUGCCGGGAUCAAAGCGAAGUACCCGGAUGCUGUCUCCAACCACACGCGCCACAGCGAGGCGAACAGCACAUGCGGGCGACCACGUGGGGACUACAUGCACCUCUUCCGGGACCUUGGUGAGACUCUGGUUCGAAUCUCGCUCAGACCACGGAAGUUGUGCCUGGUGGGUAUUACAAUCAACUCCAUAUGGUACUGGUGUUCGGACCAGGUAAUAGUGCAGCGCGCCCUAGCGGGAAAGACGUACGACCACGCAAAGGCGGACACGAUCCUGUGCGCGUACAUCAAGAUACUUCCGCUCUGUAUGCUCGUACUUCCGGGCAUGAUUGCGCGCAUCCUGUUUCCAGAGACCGUGGGAUGUACCGACUCGGAAAUAUGUAAAGAAGUGUGCGGCAGUCCAGGGGGCUGUUCCAACGUAGCAUACCCCACCCUCGUCCAGUUCGUUGUACAUGACAGUGUGCGCGGCAUGAUGCUCGCGGUGAUGAUGUCAGCGCUGAUGUCAUCGUUGACGUCAAUAUUCAACAGCAGCAGCACCAUAUUCGCCAUGGACAUCUGGACUCACAUCCGGAAGAAGGCGUCCGAACUGGAACUUAUGAUUGUGGGAAGGAUGUUCGUGAUUGUCUACGUGGACAUUAAUGACCAGAUAGUAUCAAGAUCGUACUGCGUUGACAUUGAUGGCUGUAUUUGGUCAACACCAUACCACGUGGAUAUUAAUGGCUAGAUAGUAUCAAGAUCGUACAACGUCGUCAUUGAUGACUGUCUUUGGUCAACACCAUACCACGUGGACAUAAAUGACCAGACAGUAUCAAGAUCGUACUGCGUGGUCAAUGAUGGUUGUAUUUGGUCAACACCACACCACGCGGACAUAAAUGACCAGAUAGUAUCAAGAUCUUACUGCGUGGUCAUUGAUGGCUGCAUUUGGUCAACACCAUACCACGUGGACAUUAAUGACCAGAUAGUAUCAAGAUCGUGCUGCGUUGCCAUUGAUUACUAUAUGGUAUAAAAGCCGUACUGCUUGGGCAUUGCUGACAAUAUUGUGUUAACACAGUUCUACGUGGAAACGGCUUAGCAUACUUUGUUGACAUUUUGACUGCAGUACGCGGACAUGUACGACUGUCUGGUGAAAAAUCCGUGAACAUUGGUGACUACCUUGUAUAAACAUCGCACA